UCGCAUUUUUAUUACUCAGAAAUCAUUGGCAUCAAAUGACCGUAGCAUUUUGACUCGGCAAAAAAGACAUUGAUUAUUUGACCAACGUGUGAUUGGCUGUUAAGUUUCUUCUACAACUUGUGAUUGGUCAAUUGUUUGGAUGCCAUGUCAAUUCUCAAUACUUAUUCGAUUAAUUUACCAGUGGUAACCUUUUUUCUUGGCUCAAUCUGUUAAAUAAACACAUUUGUUUGAACUUUGAAGUAAUAUCAGCUUCAAAUCCUCCCCUGAUCUACAGCAACAUAGAAAAUCAGUUAAGAUUGAUUCAAGACAAGACCAGACCAUGCUGUUAUCUCGCAAUUAUGGGACUUGGCUUCUCUUGUUCCUCCUCAUUUCUCCUAGCUUUCUUGCUCCUUCCAUGUCUCAGCUUGAUUCCCCUUGGGCAGCUAAGAAGAGACACAUGAGAGAGAAAGUUAGAAAGAUGUUCUAUCAUGCAUAUGAAAACUACAUGAAACAUGCGUUCCCGCAUGAUGAGCUGAAGCCUCUUACCAAAAGCUUCACUGACUCUCUCAGUGAGCUUGGAAAUUUGAAGCUUGAACACUUACCUCAAGACUAUAAUGGAUCUGCCCUUACACUUAUUGAAUCAUUGUCCAGCCUUGUUAUCAUGGGUAAUAACACAGAAUUUGAACGGGCAGUUAUAUGGCUAUCUGAAAACCUGACCUUCAACACCGAUGCCAGGAUAAAUCUUUUUGAGUGCAACAUAAGAGUUCUUGGAGGACUUAUUGCUGCUCAUAUUCUUGCAACUGAUUCCACAAACAGGUUGAUUCAAGGAUCUUACAAGAAUCAGCUACUUAAUCUUGCUGAAGAUUUGGGGCGCCGCUUUUUACCUGCUUUUGAUACACCAACUGGGCUGCCAUACGCCUGGAUUAACUUAAAGUACGGAGUAAUGGAGAAUGAGACUACUGAAACGAGCACUUCAGGGUGUGGUUCUCUGAUUCUUGAAAUGGGAGCAUUGUCACGAUUAACUGGUGACCCCAGAUUUGAAUCUGCAGCUUUACGUGCUCUACGCAAAUUAUGGAGCAUGCGUAGUUCCUUAAAUCUACUUGGAACAACACUGGAUGUAACAACUGGGGAAUGGAUUGAAUAUUCAUCUGGCAUUGGAGCUGGGGUUGAUUCAUUCUAUGAGUACUUAUGCAAGGCUUAUAUUCUUUUCGGAAAGGAGGACUAUUGGAGAAUGUUUCAUUCUGCUUAUCUUUCAGUACAGAAGUAUUUCAGACACGGCCCAUGGUACCAUGAAGCUGAUAUGAGGACAGGAAAAGCGACAUAUUGGCAGCUUACAAGUCUUCAAGCCUUUUGGCCUGGUUUACAGGUUCUUGUUGGGGAUAUUGGAGCUGCUAAUUCAUCACACCGUGAGUUUGUUUAUGUAUGGGAGAAAUUUGGAGUUCUACCCGAAAGGUAUUUGCUGGACCAUCAGAUGUUACAUCCUACUGAAAAGUAUUAUCCUCUGCGGCCAGAGUUGGCAGAGUCCACAUUCUAUCUAUAUCAAGCAACCAAAGAUCCAUGGUACAUACAAGUUGGUGAAUCAAUUGUCAAUUCUCUUAACUCAUACACCAAAGUGGAAGGAGGAUUUGCAAGUGUUAGAGAUGUGACGACUAUGCAGUUGGAAGAUCAUCAACAUAGCUUCUUUCUUGCUGAAACGUGCAAGUAUUUGUAUCUUCUUUUUGAUGAUACUUUUUUGGUUGAUCGGAAUUAUAUUUUCACAACCGAGGGUCAUCCUCUUCCAGUAUUAAGUUCAUGGCAUGAGAGGCUUCCAGAGACAUACAUUCUUACCAAUUGGACUUACGCAAAGAGUGAACAGCAAAAAAGACGUGCAAGUGCAAUGUCUCUACAAGUCUGUCCUGCAAUAGCUGUGAGAUCAGGAUAUGGUGUCCAAAAGAUUGAGAGUGCAUGCCACAUCCCUGAUUCUCGUGGCGACCAUAGGUGUUUCACUGAUGAGGAAUGUGGAGUUGACUCAACUACGUGCAGAAGAAGAUCAUGCAGCAUGGCUGGUUACUGUGGGUUGUGGGUCUAAUGAUCACUAAAAUAUGACCAGGUAUUCUUUCUAGCAAGAGAUAAAUUAUGGAAGAUUACAAAAAUUUGAUGGCAAUAUAGUGUUUUUCCUCAGUUUGUAAACAACCUAUGAUAGAUGAAACAGAAAAAAGUGGCACAGAAACACGUUAUAGAAAUCUCAAGAUCAUGCAGACGUGCAUUGACAGAUAAUGUUCCUGUCCAAAAAAACCAAUUUGGCUAUCAUAUUGUCCUUGAAUCCAUGGAUCAAAUUUUGAUUGAUUGCACAACAAAGAAUCUAAUUUCAGUCAUUUUGAUGAGAUUUGGAUAUGAUGACACCUAAACUUAUGCGAAUAUUAAAGACAUUUAGAGAAAUAAUAUUUGCUAUUUUAUGCUCAUGGCCUUAGGCCGCGGACCAAUGGAAUUGAAUAAGCUGAUGGUCCUUGAAUGAAAACUGAUUCCAGCACUCCUAAAAUUUUCUUUCUGUAAGUUUUUAAUGCCUUAUUUUGUAUUUUACAUGUGGACUUUAGUUGCACCGAUCUUAUACUUCAAUCUACAUACUCCAAUAUUAUUGGGAAUGAUGUGACCCUCCUCAAUCGAAAAUUGGAAGGAUGAAGAUUAAGUGGUUUAUUGGAUUUUAGGAGAAUCAACUGCGUUUAGUGUAAAAAUGAAAAUUAACAGAGUUUUCGAUAAUGGUAGUUGGCUGUUUUUGGUAAGACACCGGAUUACAAUUGCAUUCAAACAGAUGCCAACAUUUUUUGUUUUAAUUUUA